AUCACGUUCAUCACAAUCCCGCUCGGCGCUUCCAUACAGAAUCGGGCUCGUGAUAGUCGAAGACAAAUUAAUGGAGUAGGGAUCGGUAUCGUCCUUGCUCAAUCAGUCGAAGUCGAAGUAAAGAAAGGUAUCGUCGAGAUCGACGAUCUUAUUCUAGAAGCACGAGUCAAAGCAGCAGUCGGUGAUGUUUGUGAUAACUUUAUUAAUCUAUUGGAUCUAAUUGCAUAUAGCUAUUUGGACAUUUUGAGUUAA